AUGGAGAUAAUGAACAGUACCCAAGCCCAAAAUAAAAAUCGGGAGCAGACCAAACAGGGAGUUCAUGAUCAAACAUCAUCAGAGGUGGGAUCAGUCUGGGGUAAUGCACCAGCUAGUAACUUGGAGAGAAUUCAUAAGUUCCAAAAACGGGCCGCUAGAAUUAUUCUUGAUGCUGCCCCUGAUGCUCCAUCUAAGAUUUUGAUAGUUGCUGUCCUUGUGGUGUGUUUUGUUUAUUGCAAUGGCCAAGACACUAAAUGCCCUUUGGAAGAUCCAAAAGAGCGGAGCAUUGAUGGUGGAACAGACGAACAGACAAAAGAUAUUAUGACGAAGAUUGAUGCUGCCUUGAAAGAAGACACUGAGGUCCAAAAUUCAGUGAAUGAAAUAUCCGCGGAGAGAGAAGAGCCAAUCGAAAACAAACACAUGACCCUUGACACUUGCCCAAGGAAACUAGGCUUCAUCACAACCGUUAUUGUUAACCUCCAAACGUGCUAUGUUGUGUAUCCGAGACGACAAAGGGUGACCUAUGCAAUAUGUGGAGGAAGUGAUUGCUACGGAAGCAAAUUAUACAGGAGUAGAUGCGUCCGAAAUGGAUGGACCAAACUGAGGUUUUGGGUGUGGUGUCCAAGAUAUGGCUUCCGACUGAUUUACAGGUGGUACCCACAGUGUUGUUCCUGCUACAGAUGGCGAAGUUGCCUCACAACAGCAAAGAAAUAAUGACAACAGAACUGCUUUUCUAUACAUAUUAUACGUUCCUGUUUUUAACGACUGUUAACAUGUAUUUUGAUUAGAUAAUUGUUUACUAUUAUUUCUUUUCUUUAAUCUGGCAAACUUAUUUCAUUCGAAUAAAUCUUUCUCUUUA